AUGUCAAAAAAAUCUUAUCGUUUCGUCUACGAAGAGUCGAGAGGCCAUCAAUGCGACACCAUUGUUUUCACGGAAAGCUGCCGGAAGGUUUUGACUUUCAAAGUAGUUGAUCAUCUGUUUAAGCUUAUUAGGUUGAAGUGACCUCUACGCGCAGUUAUCUGGAUGACGUUUCGCAGAAAAUUUUCCCAUUCACGGGAAAUAUGAAGGUGUCGGAACAGUACAGCGUUCCCAAAGGGUCAGCCUUCAACUCGCUCUUUUUUUAUUUAAUUUUUGGUUUUUUUUUCUUUAGGUAUACGAACCUUGAAUUCUGGACAAACGAAAUGUUUCGCUACGAAUGCAUCCAAAAAUAUUGGAACGAACGUCUGGAAGCGUUAGUUUAUUAGGGAGAUCUUGAAUAAAAUGGAGAUUUUAAGCCUUACUGGCGACAAGGUGAAUCGACGUGCGGGAAAAGUCGAAAACAGCAUCAAGGCGAUUUUAGAUGUUGGUUUUAUAUCGGUUUUUCUUGUACAGACGAGAUUCAGCAGCGUUUUUUAAGUUUUUGUAAAACUGAAAAAAAAAACUUCAUAUUUUCUCUUUUUUUGUUUCAAAAAUAUUUUUAUUCCUUGAAAGGAAAUCCUCAACGGAAAGGCAUAUAUAUACGCUACUAAGAUAGUUUUUUCAGGACAUUUUGAACUUUAUUAUUUUGAUGAUUAUAUUUUCUAUCUCAGGGUACAAAAUGGCUGGCGGGCGUUUGCAACGAAGUCAUCGCAGGCGAGCCAGUUCCGCCGAUCGAACUCUAUUAUUCGCGAAGGGGUUCUUAUUUUGAUUUCGAUAUUUUGGGUAUUCUUCAAACGCAUUUCUAAAUUUUUUUUUUUGAAUUGAAGUUUUUCAAAACUCUUUGUUUUUGGGCUUUCAAAGGAGCAUGAACAAUGGGGUUUUUGGCGUUUUUUUUUGCCUUGAUUCUCUCCUAUGCGCGUUUAAACAAAUAAGGAAGAAUCUUUGAAAAAAAUGUAGAUUUUUGAAAAAUUUUUUUCACUUAGGAGAACGACUACUACAAGAAUAACUUCUUGCAUUCGAAGUAAAAUAAAUUCCGAAAAACUUCAGAGGAAAUCAAGCGAAUCGACUUGGUGACGGCGCAGAGGAUCAAUACAUCUGGAAUAGUUCCAGUGAAAAAUAGAAACUCCCGUUCCGAAGAAUUCCGAAAAGAUGUCGUCCGCAGGUUUUCCGAUGCUCCGAUGACAGUUGCCGAGAAAAUUGAGGGUGAUUUUUGGUUUUUCUUUUUUCGAAUGAAAAUUUUAUUUUUAGAAGAUUUGAAGGUGAUUGGCGAUAUGAAUUUUUCGGAGAAAAGUCGUAUUCUUGAGCUUCUGAAAGAAUUGAAGUGAGUCGGUUUGGAUGUUUGGAACUUUUAAAGGCGAAGGAUAAAAAUCUGUAAAUGGUAUUGGGCGAAAAAUUGUGCUAGUUUGAGUUGGAAACUUUAGAAAAAGAAAGUUUUCAUUUUAAAUAAAUAAAGUUUGAUAAAAGGUGAACGACCCCUAUAGGGACCGCUUAAGCUUUAGGCGCUAAGAGGUCAGACCCUAAACCCCUAUAGGAAUCCCUUUGAUUUUACCUCUAUAGGGAACCCUUUUUCAGUUCCUAUAGGGUCUGUUUUUCCCCUUAACCCCUAUAGCGACCCCUCUAAAAAUUUUAAGUUUUUUCAGAAACGCCAUUGAGCGUUAUACUGUCAAAGGCAGAGACAUGGCUUUGCCACAGGAAGAAUUCAAAAACGUUGUCGAAUAUAUUAAGGAGAAGAAGGACGCUGAUACGGAAACGAUUUUUGAGAAAAUUGGUAAGUUUCACCCGUUUAUUUUUCACGGAAUUCAUCAAAAAGUAAGAAAUUUUGCAUUAUACGUAAUUAAAUAAAACAAUAUUUUUCGCCUUGAGACCUUUGAGGAUUUUUUUGAACCUCUCAAAAUCUUCUGGAGAGUCCUUAUCAUUAUUUUUUUGAAUUAUCAAAGUUUAAAAAAAUAAUUUUUAAACAUUUGAAGCUGCGGCCCGGAAAAAGAUGCUCGCCCACGUGUCGGUGCAAGUCAAGGUCGAAAAAGAGGAGGAGCCUCACAUUAGUUUUUCAAGCAAUUUUUGAUGACCUCCAAAAUUUAUUUUAGGAACCAGAUCCAGUAAAAGAAGGUUAUCCGUUGAAUCUGCGGCGCCACCAACAAAAUCGACUAGAAUUCUCGAUUUGAAUCAAUCUUAUGGUAUUUCCCGAAUUAAUUGGAGAAAUCGAGAUUUUUUGAAGAAAAUGGCGCCAACUCACCGGAUAGUGGCUGUGCUGUUAGUGCUGAUGGUCGACGAGAUAGCGAGGUUUCUUUUUGAUAAAAUGAAAAUUUUUUUCAAAAAGAUGAGAAAUGGAAGAAAUUUUUUUCUCGUUGUUAAGAUAUUUGAACAUUUUAGGAAUUUUUAGAGCGGUCUUUAUGGAGAUCAGGGGGAAAAACAGCCCCUAUAGAGGGAUGAGGUUUGAACCCGUAGCCCUUAAAGCUCAAGUGGUACCUAUAGGGUCGUUCAAUUUUAUUUAAAAAGGUUAUUUUUUCAGUUUUUCGCAGUGAAAUGCUUCACCGCUUAGAGUUCAUAAUAGUUAUCGAUCAGUAUGUCCCAUAUAGGGAUCACUUUUGCAAGCUUUAGGGGUCCCUAUAGGAGUUGCUAAAGUGGUCGUUAGAGGGGACCUACCUAGGGCCCGUGGUUGCCCCUAUAGGGACCACCCUGGAGUUCCAAGGAUGAGUUUGAAAAAUUUUUUUGACCUUCAAAAAAAUCAGAAAUAAAAAAAUUUUUUUAAAAUGGAAAAUCAUCAUGAAGAAAAAAAGGUUGAAACUCUCAGAAAUUAUAAAAUGAGAGCCUUCAAAAAGUGUGAAUUUUUGUUUAAUUUGAAGCAUUUUUCACAUUUUGGAAGGUUUCCUGCUCUGAAUAUUGAGAAACCGUUAUGCAGUUUUGAUUUUUGCCCUAGAAAAAAAGGAAUUUCGUCAGUUAGAGCGCAUAUCUCCAACAGGAAUGAGCAAAAGUUCGAAAAAAACAUUUUUUUUUUGUUCGGUUUUUUUGAUGAUCAGCUGAAAAACCCCUCAAGAGAAAAUUACUUGGAAUGUAUCUCUGGAGCGCAUUUUCUAUUGAAGUUGAAAACUAAAUUAAUUUUUCAUAUAAACAGUGUCUUGAAUUCAGCGAGAAAGGUCAAUCUCGGUGGAACCUGUAGUCAGACAAGAGGAAAUUUCAGAACCUCUUAAAAGCGAAAGUCCGCAAACACAAGUAUUACCCUUUUCUUCUGAUUUUAAUCCAAAAUGUGCUUCUCAUCAGAUCGACCGUGUCAUGGCGACCAGAAGAACGGAGCUAGUGCUGGCCAGAAGGUCCUUGGAAGCACUGGAAGCGUCUGGAAAUAAAUACAGGGUCAUUAUUUCUUCCUUUUUUCCCAGCAUGAUAAUUUGUUUGAAGAUUGUCCCAACUAUCAUUUAUGCCAUUGAUAAGUCGAUCGAGGCCAUCGAUUUGAGACAGCCGGAGGUCUAUCUAAUGUUCAAGCGUGAGUUGAAAAAAAAACAUUUUGAAAAAGUUUAGAGUGAGGUUUUUGUACCGUACCGUUGCUCAAAAAGACUUGGAAUGAGAAAAAAGUUUCAUUAAAUCUCUUUAAAUCACCAAAAAAAAUUGCGACACUCCAAAUGACGCUCAUAAUUCCAUCUUCAAAAAAAAAUUUUCCGAGGCAGCAAGCGAUGAGCUACGAUGCUCCAAAUGACACCUUCAGGCACAUUUUUUCUCACAUCGUAUGAAAUUGAAAUAAAUUUAGUAAAACUUGGGGACAGUGAUCCAUUUUCAAAAGAAAAUCAGUACGAUAUUCCAAAUGACGAGAAAUUUACGAUUUACUGUCACAUCUGUUGAGCCCGUCCGGUUUGGCAAACUGUAGGUUUAAGUUGUGCAUACACCAAUCGCGGUUUUUGGGCGAUAUGUUCGCUAAUAACGGGUUUUUUGUACGAGAAAAUAGGCGAAUUUGAAGAAAGACACAAUUAUAACAUAAAGAUGGAAUUUUAACCUAACAAUAAAGUUUUUGCAAACUCCAGCAAGUCCUAAAGAAAUGGCCUGUUUGAGAAAUCCGUCUUUAGUAAGUAAAAAGCCGUCGAAAAUAGCCUUGUUCAUUUUACUGAAUAGAAAAAAUGACAGAAAACGGUCUAGUAUGGCCAGCGGAGGCGGCGCAGUGCAAACCGGACGAGUCCCUGUAGGUCUGAACGGAUGUGCUGUGAAAUUGGCUCAUUAUUAUGGUGUUGAAAAAUCUUUGUCUUAAAAAAGUAACGUAGAGAUCCAGUCUCUUUCAGCUUUGAAGGACAUAGUAAAAGCUUUGAAACUUCGAAAGAAGUUAAUUUUUUUCAGAGGCCAUAGAAACGGCGGCCCACAUUUUGGUCCAACAGAUGAACGGCGUCGAGAUUCUAUUCACUUGGACGCCGCCCGUUCAGUCGACGGCUUCCCUAGAAAAUGAGCAAGAAGAAAGAAGUACGACUGAGGCUUCAGAGGCCAAAGAGGAGGAGGAGAAGCAGGAAGUUGCGGAGCCUGAAGCCGUCAACUGGAACGUCGCCUCUGCCGCCCCGAAUCCACCCAUGAAAACCAGACGCUCGUCGUGCAACACCCAGGCUCUUCUCUCUGCCUACAGCGCUCAGCUGAAUGGUCGGUUUUGAGGGGACACUAUAGGGUCGAAGAAAGAGCGAAUAAUAAGAUUGAAUUGUCUUGCUUAGGAAUUCCAGAGUGUUCCCUAUAGGGGUUAGAGGAAUACAGCCUUCAUGGAGACCGAAAAAGUGGUCCCUGUAGGAGUCAAAGCAAAGUGGUUUCUAUAGGUUUUUAGGAACUGAACCCAUAGCCCUUGAAGUGGAAAUUCAUCAACUACAACGGCUGCCUACAGCCAUCGAAAAAAGGGUCCUGACACGAUCAGAAAAGAGACAGUGCCUGGCUGGUAGAGAGCACAGAGAUUGCGUGAAAAGCACAAAUGAGCUACAGUAACCCAAGAGAUUCAAAACUGUCGAAAAAAAACCCUGAAACUAUUGAAAAUACCGCCGCGGUGAGGGAGCCGGAAAUUAUUUCGAUCGAUUUUUUUUUUGUCAAGUCAUUGAUUUCAACAUUUUUGGUCGCAUUUUGAAUGGUUCUAUAUUUGAAGCUUACGAGUUAGACGUUGAAUCCCUAUAAAGACCACUUCAAUUUUACUCCUCUAUGCAGCGCUAUUUUGUAUUCUAUUUGUGCAGUUUUUUUCCUAACCCUUUUAGGGACCACUCUGGGGUUCUUAAGAUUUUCCUACGGAAAGUUUUUUUUCGUGAGGAAACUGAGUUGAAGCCUUAUACCAUAUCGUUGAAUUUUUCAAGAUUCCAACUUAUAACUUUAAAAAAAAUUCAUAACUGUUAUUUUAGCCGCCAAGUCCAAGAAGUGA